AUGAAUCGCCAAGGCUCAUCGAUCUUGAGUGCCCUACAAGGGCUGCGGAUAUCUGCCGCCACACCAACACUCUCCUUGAACGCCGCAAGAACGGCCAGUCUAGCCCCACAUGUCAGAACGUUCACCUCGACAGCGCCCCAGCUGGGCUCAUGGCUGGAACCAUUCAUCGAUCGGACCAAGAAGAUGCAGAAGGGCAGACCAAGAGUGGCUACGGGUGGUUCGGUGAAGGGCACGACAAUCAUGAUUGGGGACUACGGCCUGCGGAUGGUCGACCACCACAGGAGGAUCAGUGCAGCACAGCUUAAGCUUGCGGAAACCACCAUAAAGCAGAGAUUGCGAGGGCAGAGAUAUCGAUUAUACACAAGGGUCAACUGCAAUAUUGGCGUCUAUGUUAGCGGAAACGAGAUGCGUAUGGGCAAGGGAAAGGGAUCCUUUGAUCAUUGGGCAACCAGAGUGGCGGUCAAUAGGGUGAUCUUCGAGAUAAGAGGAGCACUUCACGAGCAAGUUGUUAGAGAUGCCUUCCGUCUUGCGGGGAACAAGCUGCCAGGCCAGUACGAGUUCAUUAAGAAGGGAGAGCCCCCAGUCGUCGGCAUCACGAAGCUGAAAGGGGUCACAAUUGAUGAUCUCAAGCGACCUUGGAAGCAGUUGCCCACAGCAGAGAAGCCAGAGGUCACCCCAGCAGCGACAACAACCCCGUCUUCAGUCCCUCCACCAUCGUAGGAAUAGCAGGAUCCGAGUUGGAUGCAUAAUACGGCUGCACAAUGUAUAUAUUUGGGACCUGGGCGACUUUUGUUCCAUGCUAAAGAAUGGGGCAUGCUCAGGCGGUGGAUGCCUAGAACUGUGAUCUGCAAAGACGUAUACACACUCAGCGCUCGACGAAGAGGACGAGCGGCUGAGUCGGAUAUGUUCUCAAGACGUCUACCGUUCAUUAAUACCCGAGAAUUUACGAACAAGCAAAGAGACUUAAGAUUUGCAAAC